AUGUUUCGUCAUUUCGUUGUCAUCCUGACCUUGGUUGCGUCAUGUUUCGCAGUGGCAAUUCCCACCACAUAUGCCGUUGAUGGUACGCAUACUGGUACCAAGAGACAAACAGGCUCCCCACGACCAUUUCGACGCAAUAUCCUUGACCUUCAGAAGGACGUCCCAUCAUGGUCUCUAUAUAUACAAGGUCUCAAUGCUCUCCAGGAUAAGUCAGAAGACUUCUUCCUCUCUUAUUUCCAGAUUGCUGGUAUCCACGGACGACCAUAUUACCCUUGGGGUGACGCUGCCCAGGCUCCAGGAGCACCAACAACCGGUUACUGUACCCAUAAUUCUGUUCUCUUUUUGCCAUGGCAUCGACCUUACCUAGCUUUGUACGAGCAAUUAAUAGGUGCCACUGUCCAAGAUCUUGUCAAAACAUACCCACCAGCUCUGCAAGCCACCUACCAAACCGCUGCGAACAAUUUCCGUAUUCCGUACUGGGACUGGGCGGCCAUCCCGACUAUGCCAGCUGUCGUCAACCAGCCUACAAUCACCAUUACGACAGGCUCAGGAGUUCAGAGUGUCAGAAAUCCAUUAUAUCGGUAUAAUUUCCAAAAUUUCCCCCUCGACCCGACCUACUUCCCCUCCGAUAGUGGCGUAGUUGGAGAUGCGUGGUUGGCGAAAUACCCAUACACAGUGCGAGGUGCUCCAGACUACCUUAAUUCACCGUCUGAUCCUAAUCGUGCAAACAACGCAUUGCUGAAUAGUAAUCUCAAGGGCAGCACUUACUAUGCUUUGGUCAAGCCUACUACAUUCAAUGAGUUUGGAACUACUGCAACACAGGGUACUUCCAUUGAGGCGGUUCAUAAUCAAGUACAUGGCUGUAUUGGACUGACAGGUGGUCAUAUGUCGAUCUUGAGCUAUUCUGCUUUCGAUCCUAUCUUCUGGCUCCAUCAUGCCAAUGUGGACAGACUAUUCGCUCUCUACCAAGCAAUCAAUCCUAACACCUACGUGACUCCACAGAUCGACCAAUUCGGCACGUAUGCACUGACGCCAAAUACACUGGAUACACUCACCACCCCCCUGGCGCCAUUUGCUCCAACAGGUGCUGGACCUUAUUUUACGUCCACAUCAGCCCGUCUGACGAGCACUUUUGGCUACACAUACCCUGAGAUCCAGGACUGGAGUCAAUCACCAGCACAAUUGAAGGCCAACGUUACCGCUGCCAUCAAUAGGCUUUACGGUCCGACUGGAGCUCGUAUCAAAUCUAGAACAGAGAUGGAAUCGACAAAACAAGUCCCAAAGAAGCAAGUGACCGAAUGGUCAGUUGGAGUUAGGGUAUCAAAGUUCGAUCUCCGCGGCGAGCGCUUCAUCAUCCGGGUAUUUCUAGACACAGUCCCAGAGGACCCUAACGACUGGCCUGUGUCCUCGAGUUGUGUUGGAUCAUUCACAGUGUUUCCACCUCCACAUUUUGGCGGCGAACCGUAUCCUGAAGUCAUCGCAUACUCUGAAGUCAGUUUGGUGGAAGGAUUGGCUCAGCUGGGCAGAAACGCGAAUGAUGCUCACGGUGUGAGAAAGUUCUUGAGAAGGGCUCUGCAAUGGAGAGUCCAAAAGUUUGAUGGAACUGUCGUCCCAGUAGAACAUGUACCUAGCUUGAGCGUCAGAGUACAGGAGGAGCUGGUCACCACGGGUGGAGACAUCACCGAGCUGCCCAGCUAUGGAAAAGUGACUGUACAUGCAGACGUUACUAGUGGUCGUGCUGGAGGAUACGCCGAAGCCUAG